AUGAUAAAUUUAUGCUUAUCGGUUCGGAUCGUUGAUUUUAUAUGUUAUGUUGAGGAAUUAUAUGGUUAUGCUUGUGUUUUUGAAACGAGAAUGGCCCAAUUAGAGCUGGCGUUAACUGCAGCCUCCACAAUAACUACUGGAAUUGUCGAUACUUCAUAUCAAUUUGAGACUAAAACGCCAACAACAACAACAAAUUUAUACAAACAGCGUCCUCAACGUGAAUGUCGCCAACGAAAACGCCCUUAUGAUCCGAGUGAAAUCGAUCAAUUAUCACAACGUCAAAUUAAACGUACAAAAUCGAAUAUUGAGAAUGAACGUUUAUCAAAGUUAACCGAUGAAAAUCCAACCAAUACAAAUUCCUAUCUUUUUAUAAAACAGGCAACAGUAUAUGAAAAUAAUCAUCAUAAUUCCAAUGAAUUAACAAAUGAUGGUAGUGGUGAAAUUAUUGAUAAUCCAUUGAAUUAUGACGAACAAACACGCGAUUCCGUUAGUUCGGAAAUACAAAGUGAUGUUGAAGAUAUACCUUUACCGACAAUUCAUAAUAAUGCAGACGAAAACAGUGAUAACAACAACGAUGAACUCUCAGAUGAUUCGUCCGAACAACAUCAUACCAAAGUACCACCUAUUCAAUAUUUUUCUAAGAUCUCAACCGAUCAACGACCAUUCAUUUCUCUUCUUCGUAAACCAUUAGAACAAUUAAGUUCUUAUCCAAGACAUUUGCGAAAGCAAAUAAAACGUUUUCACUAUUUGUAUGAUCAUGGUCUACAAAAACCGAUUGAACCAACAAGAAUACCAGAAGUAAAGAACGAUGAAGGAGAUGAUAAUAAUAAUUAUUUAAUAACAAAGUGGAAAUUACAAAAUACAUUUAACCGUUUAGAUUUAUUUAAGGAAGGUUAUUCAGUUUUAUCGAAUGAACAAUUCCCAUUUUAUUCACUAUGCUAUAUGUGUGGUUCAAUGGGUAGUGGUUUAAUUUAUUGUAAUUGUUGUUGUGAAGCGUACCAUUGUUAUUGUUUAAAUGAGUUAGAACGACCACAAUUAUUUCCAGUACCGGAUUCAUGGAUAUGUCCAAACUGUAAUGUAUGUAAUAUAUGUGGACUAUCUGAACAUACAACAAAUACACUCAUUGCAUGUGCCGAAUGUAAAAAAAAUUAUCAUCUAAAAUGUAUUAAACGAGAACCGAAUAAAUAUGAACAAAGUCAAGAACAGUUGACUAUAACACAUGAGAAUGCCUUUUCAUUAUCAUCAACUGUUUUCUUUCGUAAUCAAACAUGGUACUGUCCUCAAUGCAUCAAAUGUGAUUGUGGUCAGCCAUUCACGUGUACUGAACGUAAUUUAUUUUCAUCAUUUCAAUCAAAAUCUAUUGAUAAUCAACAAUCAAUUAUGUGUACAGAUUGUUUAAUAAAUUUAAAAUUAAUUAUUGGACAAAAUCGAAAAUAUGACGAUAUUAAAAAAUGUCAUCUAUGUGAAAAAUUUAUUGAACAAAUGUUGAUAAAACAACAAUAUUCAUCUAUACAAGAAUCAAGUGAAAUUAAUUUAAUGCAAUGUCAACAAUGUAAAAAUCGUUUCCAUCCAAAAUGUGAUGGUUAUCUUGUGGAGGAUUGUACGUUAAUUGAACAUAUUAAAUCAGUUUGUUUUAACAUUGUUUGUUCAAAAUGUAAUGCAAAUGAAAGAGAUAAUAUCAAAAAAUUAAUUAUCGAUUAUAAAUUACAAGUAAUGAAAAGUAUAAUACAAAGUAUAUCAUCGAUAAUAUCGAUUAUAUUGAAUGAUAAUUCAAAUUCUCUACAGCAAUUACUGUAUCGUUUACAACAAUUACAUGAAUGUCGUGGACAAUCUCUCAAUUUACAUGUAUUUUUAAAUGAUCUUUUAAUUAUUGUUCAACGUUUACUUGCACAAGUCAAUAUAUGUCGAUGGCAAGCAGUUGUUAAUGGUUGUAUUGUUCGACAGUGUCCAUGGUUUAAAACAACCUUUAACAAUAAAGAAAAAUUCUAUUUUCCCACUGAUUCACUAAUUCAACUAUCACCUACUCAAGAUCAUACUUAUUCACUGACCGGUAAUAAUUAUCUCACAAAUUUAUGUUCAAAUUAUAUAUCAUCUGAGUCAUUAAUUAAAUAUAUCGAUCAGGAUACGACAAUGCACGAUAAUUUUAAUAAUUUAUAUCAGUUAGAUACUCGUAAAUGUGAAUUAUGUCAAAUAUAUUCUGAUCAUUUAUCACAAUUAAAUAUCGGUCGUCUAAUAUCAAUCGGUUUUAAACAAUGGGUUCAUGUUGGAUGUAUUCUAGCUGCUUAUAGUAGUCAAACAUCACAACAACAAUCUACAUCAUUAGAUGAUCCACCAUAUAUUUUAAGAAAUAUAAAAGAACUUAUUAAACAAUGUCAAUCAAAGUAUACAUGUCAUUUGUGUCAUAAACAAGGUGCAUCAGUUGUGUGUUGUGAACGAGAUUGUUCAACAAGAUAUCAUUGUGAUUGUAUUCAAAAAUAUUAUGCACAACAACAACAACAACAAAUGUCACAACUAAACUUAGUCAAUGGAACAUUAGCCAGUUUACAGACAUAUUGUGUUAAGCAUCAUAAAAAACUGAAUGAAGAAACAGUCAUAAAUGAACAAAUAGAAAGAAUAAACAAAGAAUCAAAUUCAUUACAUAGCAAUAUGUCAUUAAAAUCAAUUAAUUUAUCAUCUACUAUUUACGGUGAUUUAAAUCGUGAAUUAAUUGAAUUAAAUUUACAGGAUCUUAAUUUAUGUAUUGGAUCAUUACAAAUUCAUUCAAUUGGAAAUUAUAAUCUAUUACUUGAUGACGAUUUUGAUAGUGACGAUUGUGAGAGUAAUUUGAGCGAUAACGAUGACGAUGAAUGUGAAGAAAAAACAACUAAUAAACAUUUAAAAAUGUCACAUAUUUAUCCAGACAGUUAUCAUUCAUCUCGCCUAUAUUGGUCAACAAAAUGUGCAAAAACAAAGACUGCCUAUCAUUUGUAUAUAUCAUAUGAAAAUAAAUAUCAUGAUAUGAGAAAAAAUCAUCGUACAUACGAAUAUGGUACAUAUGAACAAAAACGACAACAAAUUAUUUAUGAAAAAUGUCAAAAAUACUUUAAACAAUUACAAAUGAAAAUAGAUGAACAUCGAAAAAAGGUCAAAUUGUUAUCAUCAUUAUCUACAGAGAAAAUGACGAAUCAUCAACAAAAACAAACAUCAAAUAUACAGUCGAAUAAGGAAAAGAAAAAGAUGAAUAAUAAGAGUAAGAUGACAAAGACGCGAGAAUUAAUUACAUCUUCUUCUAUGUUGUCCACUACCAAAAAUGUAUCAUCAACCGUUAAACGUCAAACACCAAAAUCAACUAUUCAAAAUAUUCGUCGUCCAAGAGAUAACAAUCAACAUCACAAAUCAUCAAUAAAAACAAAUUAUCAAUCUCUUCCUAGUACUAACAGUAAAAGUUACGAUAACAAUACAAACAAUGAUCAAUUGAAUCACUUGAUUCUGUCUUCAUCAUCUGCUCGAAAUCAUAAUUCAUUAACAAUGAAACCAUCGAAUCAUUAUUACAAUAGAACUUAUUCACCAAACAAAAGUAAAGAAUCAACAACAUUUCAAUCACAUACUUCAAAUGCACAAAUAUCACCAUUACCAUUUGCCGUUCUACUAGCCAAAGCUCUACAACAAAUUCAACCAGCAAUACUAGCAAAAGAUUCGCCACCAUCCACUCCACCAUCUCACACCUCAAUUCUUAAUUAUUAUUUAUCAAAUCAACAAUCAAAUAAAACCGGUGAUGAUUACAACAUCAAUCAUAAUCAACAGCAUUCACCAUCGAUUCACACAAUUUCAUCUGAUGAACUAAUGCAAAAUUUGUGGAAACCAAUAAAUUCAAAUAAAAACAACACUGAAGCUUCUCAAGAACAUCAAUUAAAUGUCAUAGAUUCCCUGUAUUUGUCCAAAAACGAUACAUCACAAAUUCUUCUAGAAACCGAUAAUAUUCUUUUAGCUAAUAUUGUUUUAUCAAGCAAACAUAAACAACAUCAACAAUUUCUAAAAGAUUGUUUACCACAAUUAGACGGAUGUCUCGAUGUGAUUGGUGAUGACAGUAAUGACAUGGAUUAUAAUACUAUUAGACAGAUAAUUGAUUCAUUGCUCGAUCAAAUUGAACAAACUAUCCAUCAACGAACAUCAGGUGAACAUUCUCUAGAUUUAAACACAAAAGAUCAAUUAGUUAAUCUAAAUAAUCUGAUGGAAUUCGAAGCGCCACCAGUUUAUGUUAAUAAACUUCAACAACAGUUUUCAAAAGAUAAACCACUACAACAACAAAAACGAGAAAAACUGAAUGCAGAUGAAAUUAUUGAAGAAUAUAAACGAUGGAAAAAAUUGAAACAUAGUCAAAUUAAAUUUCGAAUUCAAAGUGAUGAUGGCUACGAAAUUAUAUCUGAUGAUUUAAAUCAAGCAUGGACAACAAUUGUCAAUCUGGUUCGUGAAACUCGUGAUGAUAUGAAAUUAAGUCAUCUACCACUGACAUUCUACGAUGGUCAUGAUGCAUUUGGUCUAAAUAAAACUAUUGUUAAAACAUUAUUAAAACAAUUACAAAUAUGUACAAUAAAAAAUUAUUUUCAAACACAAACAACAAAAAAGAUAUCAAGUGAAUCACAAUUAUCGUCCAUUUCUGUAUUACCAUUAUCAACAUCAUCGACAACAUGUCUAAAAACAAUGAAAAUAAUUGUAAAACAAAAUGAAUGGUAUCGAAAAUUAAUUUUAUAUAAAAAACAAUUGAAAAAACAACAUCGACAAUUUUCAAAAUCAACUGUUUAUGAACGAAAAUCUCAUAAAAGACAACGAUUUGGAUGGCUAUUAAAUUCAUCAAGAAAAAUUUCCUAUGCAAAAGAAACAUUUGAGAUUGAUGAUGCACUUUUACAUGCCAGACGUAUCAUUUUGGAAGAAUCGUCCGUUAGUUUACGAUUGUAUCAUUUGCAUUAUUUUUCUGAACGAUGUUUAUUAGUUGGCCAUUCGCCCAUACAUGGCUGUGGUCUAUUUACAUUAAUCGAUAUUCUUGAAGGACAAAUGAUUAUCGAAUAUUCUGGAGAAGUUAUAAGACCGUGUUUAACAGAUAAAAGAGAAAGAGAAAAUGAAGGAAAGGGUUUUGGGUGUUAUAUGUUUACUGUUGAUUCAAUGCAUGUUAUUGAUGCAACACAUCGUGGUAAUAAAGCACGUUUUAUCAAUCAUUCAUGUGAACCAAAUUGUUUUUCGAAAACUGUUCUAUGUGGUGGUAUUAAACGAAUUAUAAUUUAUGCUCUAAAAGAUAUUCAAAGUGGAAAAGAAUUAACAUAUGAUUAUAGUUUUCCAGAAGAAGAUGUUAAAAUUCCAUGCUGUUGUCGAACAAAUAGUUGUCGACAAUAUUUAAAUUAA